GGGGGCAUGGGAGCAGACUCCGCCUUCCCCGGCUGAACUACAAGAGGACCUAGUAACUUGGCCUCCACUGAUGGACGAUGAAACUUACUCCCAAGAAUUUUCCUUCUUCCCGACAAUUGCUGGGGCAGAGAGAUUCGAGAGCUGGAAAGGACCUCACAGUCUGUCAAAUCCAACGUCCUCAUUUUAUAUAGAAGAGAAAACAGCACAAAGAGACUUUCCAGGUCCACAAGUAGCGAGUGCCAGAGGUAUUGAAUAUCAGCAGUCAUACAUAAAAGUUGUAUACUACAAGAGCUUUGACAUUCUUUUAACUUAUUAGUGAUCAGAUGACAAUUUUCCUGAUGCCCACUUCUUCAGAAUUAAAUAGUGGGCAAAAUUUUUUAGCUCAGUGGAUGUCCAAUCCUUCCCGUGCUGGUGUGAUACUGAAUCGUGGAUUUCCUAAUUUGGAAAUAGGGAGAGAGAAUCAGUCAAAUGCAAAUACUUCCUCCAGUUUUAUUGUUAAAAGCACAGAAUUUUCAGACAGCUGUAGCUUUCUAAGUGAUGAUUCACUUCGAGAAGAACAGAUCUUGGGUUCUAAAAGCCCAUAUAGAGUGCAAUCAGAUACAAAUGAAACACAUUCAGUCUUUCCUCACACUAAGAAGUCACAACAAUCACUGACAUGCAAAGAUACUUUGGGCCACUGGGAAGAUACCAAAAUUGAUGUACCUGAUGUGAAUGAUUCCAAAGAAGCAGCUUAUAGAGAUCCACUUUUCAAGAAACUUGAGCAGCUCAGAGAAGUCCAACAGAAGAAGCAGGAGGAGCUGAAGAGGCAGCAAAUAGAACAGAUUCAGAGGCUCCUGGAAGAGCAAGAGAAAUUACUGACUAUGGUAUCUGGGCAACAGACACACUCAGGCUUGAAUUUACUGUCUGAAGAUCAGAGCCCCAAAUAUGGAAAUUCCAUGAGUUCUACUACUGUACACAAAACCAUACCUUUCUUGUCACAUAUGUACCAGAAUCAAACCAGAGAAAAAACUCAUGGUAUUGAAGUUUUAUCUUGUGGUUCAGUACAAGAAAGAGAAACUAAUCCUUGCAGGACUGUGAAUAAAGAAUGUGUCUUAUCUUCAAAAGGUGGUAUUACUUCAGAUUUUUUUCAUGAGGCACAAUGUCUAGAAGCAUGUAUAAAAACACAAAAUGAUUUGAAAGAAGAAAAUAAAAAUGACACAGGGGAAAGUAUACUACCAUGUUGGGAGAAAAUGACAGAACAGUUACCAGAAGGGAAAGAGAUUACAAACUCAAAAAAACUUGGUGAUUCCUCUGAAAUUAACAAUGGAAGAAAAUUGUUAGCAGUGUCUAGUAUUGAAGAAAGGCCAAUUAAAGCUGCUAUUAGAGAAAGGAAACAGACAUAUGAAGAAUUCUUAGAGGAACAGAUUCAGAUAGAAGAAGAGGAACUGAAACAAAAGCAGCUACAGGAAGCAGAAAUGUCAUCGCUGGCCAAAGCAAUACCAAAACGACCAUUCUUAAAACGAGGAGAAGGCCUAGCUAGGUUUACUAAUGCUAAAUCUAAAUCUUGGAAAUCAAAAGAGAACAAAUUACUGACUCAUCAAAGCAUGCCAGAAGAACAACCUGUGUUUAAAGCUGACAGACAACAAAUGCAGCGGAAAACUGCCCUUGUAAAUAAGGAACCAGUUACAGAGAUGAAAAAGAGUAAUCAAGUCAGAACCAAGACCAGUUCUGCUAUAGAUCCUCAGAAGGCAAAAGUACUUAGGACUAAUAAUGGGAAAAUUAUUUCUCCAUCAAAAAUGAAAAUGCAAAUUGGAAAGAAAUUUGAUGGGCAGUUUAGAGAUCAGAUAAAAUUUGAAAAAAACAGUAAGUUAGAACCUAAUAAAGAAAAUAUUCCAGAGUGUACAAAACCUUUUGAAAUUGGUUGCACAGUCAGAAAUAAGCCACAAUGCAUAGAAAAGCCGCUUAUUUCUACAGAGUUGAACAACAACCCCUCUGUUUCUAAAAGCUCUAUGGGUCAUAUUGUAAAGGAUCCAGAAUUUUCUUUUGAAAUUUCAUUUCAGAAGAAAUUAGACAAUUGGGAAAAAGAAAAAGAAAAGGAAAACUUGGAGUUAGAUGAAUUUUUGUUCUUAGAACAAGCUGCUGAUGAAAUAUCAUUCUCUAGUAAUUCUUCAUUUGUAUUAAAAAUCUUAGAAAGAGAUCAACAGGUUAGCAAAAGUCACAGAAUGUCUUCAACCCCUGUCAAAUUAGGGCAGCAAGUAAAAACAAAUGUCACAGAUAUUGUUAUUCCAUAUAACCAAAAUAAAAAAUUGGACCAUAUUAAACAAGAAGAUAAGAAUGUAUAUGAAAUAACAAAACAUCUUGAAUUGAGAACUUCACCUCUUAGUUUGAAAGAACAAAUUAGCAAACCCAGCAAAAAAACAUUUCAAACUCCUACUGAGAAUCAAAUGAAGUGGAGUGUAAGUGAGGAUGAAGAUGAUGGGAACAGUGUUAUCAGCAGUGACUUUGAAGAGCAACUAGAUAACACCAUAAAAGCAACAAAUGAAGAUACGAAAAAGGUUUUCAGCAGCUGCAGAGAGGAUAAUCCUGAGAAGAGUGAUGGUAAAGGACCUUUCAGAGACACCAGGAAGGAGGGUAAAAGCAGGGAUAUUGAUCUGGAUUUGUCAGAUAAAGAUGACAGUAGUGAUGAAUCCAUCAUGAUUGAAAGCAUGAAUGAUAAAGUUCCUGAGGCUUCAAGAAAGGCAUCAUGUACAAAUAUGAAUAAUAUUGACUUUGAUGAUGAGAGAACAUGGACUGAUCUUGAAGAAAAUGAAAGUAAACAUGACAUAUUUGGGAAUGAAGCAGUUAAUGAACUUCCACUGAUGGAUUAUUAUAGUAAAACUGAAAUAGCUAAUUUGGACAAAGCAAUAAAAAGGAAGGUUGCACCUAUAAAGAAAGGAGAUGAUUUAUGUAAAUCCAGUAAGAGUAUAAAAAAUCCUCCUUCUGAUCUGAUGAUGAAAUUCUUUCCUUCUCUGAAGCCUAAACCUAGGUCAGACACACACUUAGCAACUGAACCUGAAUUAAACAAAAGCCAAGAACAACCACUUGGUGAUAGUGUUCGCUCCCAGAUUUUAAGAGAGAAAGUUGUUGAAUUGGAAACAGAAAUUGAAAGAUUUAAAGCUGAAAAUGCAUCAUUAGCUAAACUCCGCAGUGAAAGAGAAAAUGCCUUAGAAAAUCUCAGAAAAGAGAUUGCAGACUUUGAACAGCAGAAAGCAAAAGAAUUGGCUCGAAUUGAAGAGUUUAAAAAGGAGGAAAUGCGAAAGUUACAAAAAGAACGCAGAGUAUUUGAAAAAUACACUACAACAGCAAGAGCAAUUCCAGAUAGAAAGGAACGUGAAGAAAUUCAGGCUUUAAAACAACAAAUAGCAGAUUUACAGGAAGAGCUGAAACGAAAAGAGACAAAGUGGUCAAAUACACAUGGUCGUCUUAAAAGCCAGAUAGAAACAUUAGCUAAAGAAAACACAGACCUUCGAGAAGAGAUAAAAAUAAUGGAACGGUUUCGACUUGAAGCCUGGAAAAAAGCAGAAGCUAUUGAAAACAAUCUAAAGAAUGAACAUCUCCUGAUUUCUGUGAAAGAAGAGCCUACAAAUCCAUUGUUAAGCUUUCAGAAAAGCCAGAACUUAUCUUCAACAAAUCAGAUGGAAAAAUACAAGAAAAACCAUUCACCAAGAGCAGGAAAUCUGCCUCGGAGACCAAAGUCAGCACCAGUUCAUGAUCUAAGUAAUUCAGAUAAAGGACAGGUGAUAUCCAGUGAAAUAUUUGAACCAUUGAUAUGCCCUGCUCCUGAUUCUAAACUACAAGAAGAAGAAAUUCAUGGAGAGAUCAGUCAUCCUGAUGGAAAGGUACAAAGAUACUAGAUGAGUCUUAAUCAGCAACACUGGACUUACUUCCCCUACCGAGAGGGAUAUUAUCUUGUUUGUAAAGUCUUAAGAAGGAUGGUGGAAGAUUGAGUAUUCUCACUACUUAAUGCAGAAAGAAGCAGAGCAAUCAGUGAAAGAAGUUUGGCAACAGACUCCACCAAGAAAAGUCAUUUCAAUGGCAUCAAAGGUUGAAACUAGAACAGCAAUUAAAAGAUGAUGAAAGCUGUAAAGAUUUUUGUAACAAGCCUUUUUUUUCCCACCAAGAAUGCAAAGUUAUCGUAUUUUGACAAUAGAAUCAAAUCAUGGAUGUGCUUACAGAGGUAGAAAUGAAACUGAGGAGAAAAAAGAUAAGAAAAACAACUGGAUUGGGUCCUACUAGUCUGCCUGGGAAAGAGAACAAAUGGAUAGUGAGUUUAGACCCAGAAUUAGAGGAAGAAAGCAAAAAUGGGGAAAAUUACAUAGCCUUUCUAAUGAGCAUUCUUUGUAAUACAAAUAUGCUAUCCAUGUUUUAAGACAGAACAUUGAAGUCUCGAGACAAAAAAAUGAAGUAUCACACAGAGAUCAAUGUGGAUGUGAGCAUGUUAAAAUAAAGUCUUCAAAUGAAAAGUAACUAAAUGGUUGUCCACAUAAGCAAAGGCUAGGUGGGCAACUGGAUUGCUCCAUUGAUAUCCCUCUGAUAUCAGGAAAAAUGAACUAAAGAGGAUCUCAGAACAUUAGGUAGACUAAGCAAGGAUAGGGAAGGAUAAAAACAAGAGCUGCAUAGGAUGGGCAGGCAUAGAUGAUUUACAAUCUACAGUGCUGAAUGGAACAUACAAAUCUACCAGAUAACAGGUCUGUUAAGUAUUUAAUUCUUCUCUUCCUUAUAAACAUCCCAAAUUUAUCUCAUUUUACAAUGGCUUAUAGACGGCCUUCUAGUUCAGGAGUCUUUAAUCUGAGGUCCAAUACUUUAUUUUAGAGAUACUUUUAUAACUAUAUUUCAUUACAGUAGGUUCCCCAUAUAACGUGUUUUAUGCAUUUAAAAAUAUUCUUCUGAGAAAGGGCCCAUUACACAAAAAACAUUAAGAACCCCUACUCUAGUUUAUUAAGUACUUAAUUUAAAAUGUGUUUGGGAUUAGACAUAUUUUUCCAAAUGUGUCUGACUAGUAGUGGGCAGUAAUUUAAUGACGAGGUCAUUCAUCAAUAAACUAGUGUUCAGAGGAAGAUAACUAGUAUGUUAGUUUUCCUUGAGUUGUCAUCUCAAGAACUGGGAAUUUUAUUUCUCCUGGAAAAGUUAAGACCUAAAAGAGACAGUGUAGCUGUUUUCAAGUAUUUGUGCAUGGUCCCAGAGAGCAAAACUAGGAGCAAUGAAUGGAAGUUCUAGUUAUCUUGGGAGUAUACUUCUGUUAAUGCACUAAAUGAUUUCAUUAGUUUUCAUGAUAGGCACAUCAUCUUAAUGGGAUCAUAGUAAGCUUGAAAUCAGUGAGUACUCCUGGAUUUUUCCCAGACCAUUCCACCUUGUACUUAAAAAGGACUUUUAUAUUUUCUUCUUAUUAAAUUUUGUUAUGUGGAUUUGCUAUAGAAUCCUUUUUGAUGUCACGCUGCUGAUAAUAGUGAUCUGAACGGAAUUCUUUGGCAUUAGUUAGUUUUCAACCUUCUUUGUAUCAUGGACUUCUUUCUGAUAAAAGUUUUUAGGCCUUUUCUCAGAAUGUUUUAAAAUCCACAAAAUAUAGAGGAUCACAAAGGAAACCAAUUGUGCUGAAAUAGCUAUCAGAAUAUUUAAAAGGUGUGGAGGGGCAGCUGGGUAGCUCAGUGGAUUGAGAGCUAGGCCUAGAGACGGGAGGUCCCAGGUUCAAAUCUGCUCUCAGACACUUCCCAGCCGUGUGACCCUGGGCAAGUCACUUGACCCCUCCAUUGCCUAGCCCUUACCACUCUUCUGUCUUGGAACCAAUACACAGUAUUGAUUCCAAGACAAAAGGUAAGGGUUAUUUUAUAAAAAAAGAAUAUUUUUUUAAAAAAUUCACAAUCUUGAGGUUAAGAACCCCUGGUGAAUUCACCCAACCAUUCUAUUAUCUGGCUCUGCUUUCUCUUUCCAUUUGUUCCCACAAGGAUAAGAAACUUUAAAUGGCUUAUUGAAAUCAAUAUGCUAUUUGUACAGUGGCUCCUAAUCUACUAUCCUCUGAUAUAUAUUAGAAUUUCCAUAUAACUUAGUAAAGAAUGAAUAUGAAAACUAUUAUGAAUAUUGAUGAACUGUAUUGAUAUCUGACUGCAUUUAGUAAUGUAAUAGUUAAUAGUAAACUACUAUUUUGAACUGGUAUAAUAAAUGAUAAAGCUUUAGGGACCAGGCUGAUUCAGAUGGUGGAGGAAACUUGCUAGAGGCAGACUAAUGCAACGCUAUUUAUUUUCUUUUAGAGUAGGGAGAGUAAAAGUAGUAAAUAGAAACUAAAUAGGACAUUUAUUAAUACCCUAGCACUAAUAUUUUACUAAAUAAUGAGCCCAACCAAACUGUCCCUCAUGGGACUUCUUCUUGCCUGAAACAGGCCUAAUUAAACUACCCUUACUGUCUAUAGUAUUAACUUCUAUUUUAUCUACCUUAUUCUAAUUUAUAAAUCUUUAUCCUUAAAUAUAUAUAAAUCUUCACAAGCCAAAAUCCUCUCCAAAAUUCCCUGCCUGUGACAGGUUUCACAGAUGUUGCUCUCUGGCGUCACCUAGAGUUCCUGUAGCGAACAGCUUCAAUAACACUCUUAUCUUUAGUAUUUAGUAUUUAUCAAAUAAGUAAUUUAUUUGAAACCACAGUAAAAUCUUCUUUUCUGUCUAAAAAUAUCACCAGCUCCCUGCUCUUGAGGAGAAAAGAGCCAGGCCCUCAAAGUCUUGUGGAGAAUAGGCCUUAAAAGUUGGACCUCUCUCACAUAGGAUGCUGAGAAAAGGAAAACUUCAGUCAUUCCACUAUUAAAUACAAUUCUUUAGUCUUCUUAAUUAUCUUAAAUUUCUUCUUAGUUUUCAACUGCCAUCAACUGUCAUUUCUUGAGAGAGCUCAAAGCUGUUCUCACAGGCUGCCAGAUACUCAGAAGCUCCUAGUUCUUUCCCACUCUUAUGCCUAAUCCUUAAGAGAUCCCUAGCAAAUUUUCUUUAUCCUCACUACAAGGAGAUGUCUCAAAGUCCAAAUACCUUUACUUCUGAGCUGAAACUUUCACAUAAUAAAACGAAUUAAAUUCUCCUCACAACAGUAGGCAGUGUUCAAGAAUUGCUACAGUCCUGAAAUUCACCCUGUAGCUAACCUGCUAAUGAAUCUUAAUCCAUCAAUAAAAGAUGUAGGGAUAUUUGAGGCAUGGUUUGUCCUCAGUGAAUCUAUUCUGAAUUUUGGUGAUCUUUGCUUUGGAAUACUCACAAGCCAUCUCUCCUAGAAUAGUAACCUAGAAUUUUGAUUAGAAUUGACAGCAAGCUUACUUAUCUGUAAUGGAAUCUGCUUUUCCUUUUUUGAAAAUGGGAACAUUUUUGUUCAUCUCCAGUUUUCUCAAAGUCUUUCCAUUUUCCCACUGAUUACAGAAAUUGGUUUUGUGAUCACAUUUACAAGUUUUUUCAGUGCCCUCAUACAGUCAUCAUGGCUUCAAUAUUUGAAUUCAUGUUAACAUAGCUACAUUUCCCAAUACAUAUUUCUUUUCCUAACCCUCCCAGAGUGCCCUCUUUUACUUAUAAGAAUACACACACACACCCUAUUUUUCCAAUCUAACCAACCUUUUGGAAAUCUUAAGUUAUAUGCAUUGUUUCACAAUCAUAGUCCCUUACAUUUAUAAAGAAUGAGGAGAGUUGCCUUUUCAAAUCUUAUCUUGGUUAUUUGGAUGAUUAUAAUUUCAUUGCCUUCAUUUUAAAACUUGUUAUUUUCAUUUAUAUUGUUUUAGUUACUUUGUAAUUGUUUCUCUCGUUCUGCAUACUUUACUUUGUAUUAGUUAUCGAGUUCCCUCAACUGUAAUGAUUUUACCUCUACCAGUUUGAAAGUAAUUCUUGGUCUUAUGCACCCUCCAAUGUAAUCAUCUCCCUUUUCCAAUCUUACCUACUAAAAUUAUAAAAUUGACUUCCAAAAGUAAUAAAAGACAUUCCUUUUAUUUAAACAUCUUAUUAAGAUGAUGUGCUUAGGAAAUUGUGGGCAAAAUCUGCUUGGUCAGGUAUUUUUGAUGGAGUUAGGAAUCAUAACCAAGGCAAUUUUUAUUCUGGAAAAUUAUAAUGUACAAAAUCUGUGCCUCUCCCUCCAAUGGGGGGGGGCAGAAGAGAGAGGAUGAAAAGCAAAAUCCUUAUACCUCUAUCAGGUGGGUUGAACCUUUGAUCACAAGGACUAAUGUAAAUGUAUUAUUUCUAGAAAGAGUAAGAAAGUCAACAAAGCACAAGUAUGAAGUAGUAGUAUUAAAAAAGUGAAAGGGGAAAAUGACAACACCACUUUGUUCUCUCAUAUUAUUUCUGCAAGUCUAUUCAAACAGUAUUAAUCAAUGAAUAUGGCAUGGCCCAAAUAUAUAGUUCUAGAUAUAAAGUAGAAAACUAUAGACUCCAAGAACAUUGCAGCCAUUUAUUUUGUAUCUUAGCCAGGGAAUCCAAUCAAGUCCCUUUUGCCCUUCAUCCUCACAUGGAACACUGGGGUUUCCAGGGUAAGUCAGCCCAAGAUAGAUUCUAGGUUCAUUCCUACUCUGGUAUUUAGGGGUAUGAAACCACAGAUUAGAACGGAGAAUAAGGAAAAGUAGUUGGGAAAUGUGAAUCAUAAAAUACUCAGCAUUAGAAAGGAUCACAGAAAUAAUCUGGUUCAACCUGUACUUGGAACAGAUUCUCUUAGCAAUAUUCCUUAAAACCUUUAGUGAUUGAGAACUAACUCAUGAUCUUUUUUUUUUUUAAGUUCACCCAUCACACCUUUGAAUGGCUCUGGAAAAAAAGAAAUAACCUGAAUCAUUGUGAUCUAAUGCUCACACUGUUGAUAUUAGAAGAUCUAAAUUCAUAUGAUAUACAGAUUACCAUUUACUAUGUCUGUGCUCAUAAGUCAUUCAGUUUUUAUUUUGUAAAAUGAGAUUAGAUGGUAUUUCUAAGGCCCUUUUCAGCUCUAGGUCUUAUAAUCAGAGAAUGAUGAGAAUUUGAGAACAAUUGCUAUUUUGAUUUUAAAUUCAAAGAUUAGCAUAUUUCCAUAAUUAUUCCUGCAUGGAAUAAGAUUCACCUUUUAUCUUUU